UUCCUGGUCCACCUGUUGAUAAUUUCAUUCUUGGACAUUACGCCUCUUAUUUAAACCAAGGUCUAGAUGAUGCUUUUGCUCACCUAGCAAAACAAUAUGGUGGGAUAGUUCGGUACAAUAUCUUAUUGAGCCAACCAAAUAUAUUGAUUUCCGAUCCAAAUCUUAUCCAGAAAAUACUGGUAAAUUGUUGUUACGAUUAUCCAAAGUUCUUCUUUGACGUAGAUAUGGUUAAGGAAAUUUUAGGUGAAGGUAUUGCAAUUGUUGAAGGAGAUUUCCAUAAACGGCAAAGAAAAAUGAUGAGUCCUGCAUUCGUUUUUGCAAAUGUCAAAGAAAUGUUUCCAACAUUCGUUCAAGCUAGCCAUAAAUUGAGAGAUGUCUGGAUAAAACAAAUUGGUAAUAAGAAAGAGGAAAUAAUUACCAUUACUGAGUCAAUUCCAAAGUUGACUUUAGACGUUAUUGGUCUUGCUGGAUUUAAUUACGAAUUUAAUUCUAUCACUACUACUUCAGAAUCUGAUUUGGCUCGAGCAUAUAAUUCAGUAAUGGGUACUGAUGUUCCGCCUUUAUACUGGGCUAUUAUGGAUCUCUUUCCGUUCAUAAGAAAACUUCCAACCGCUUUAAGUAAAAGUUAUUAUGGUUCCGCUAAUAUUAUCAAAAAAGUUUCCGAAAGACUAGUAAUUGAACAAAAAAAUUCCUCUGUUCAAGGAAAAGAUUUAUUAUCUUUAUUGAUAAAAGAAAAUGAAAACCUGCCCGUUGAUGCACAAAUAACACAUAAUGAAUUAGUUAUGACAUUCCUCCUUGCUGGAAAUGAAACAGUUAGUAUUGCAUUAGCUUGGACACUAUACUUUCUCGCAAAAAAUCCUGAUAUGCAGGAUCUUCUUCAUAAAGAAAUACUUAAUGUAUUUACAGAUCGUAAUCAUUUUCCAACCCUUGAUGAAAUUGAGCAAUUGAAAUAUUUAGAAUGUGUCUUUAAAGAAACUUUAAGAAUCACUCCGCCUGUGCCCGCGCUCCAACGUUAUAAUUUAAAAGAUGAAAUUAUGAAUGGUUACUUCAUUCCAAAGGGAACUCCAUUGACGAUUCCUAUUAAUGCGAUCCAUAAUGAUCCUUCAAUAUGGGGUGAUGAUGCUGAAUAUUUUAACCCAUCUCGAUGGCUUAAUCCGGAAAUAAGAUCGAAAGUAACAAGUAAUAAUUUUUUACCCUUCAGUUCCGGUCCAAAAUCUUGUUUAGGAAUGAAAAUGGCUCAAUUGGAAUUUAAAUCGGUUUUAUCUAUAAUGAUUAGAAAUUUUAAAUUUAGAUUAGUUGAAGGUUUUGCUUUUAAAAAGAAAUUCAGUGGUUUAACUAAACCUAUUCCUGGAAUUGAUUUAUGGGUUUCAAAA